ACGGAUGCUCCUUCAUGCUGGGACAGAAAACAUGGCUGCGCUCUUGAGAUCAGCCCGGUUACUUAAGUUUUCGCCUUCGGGUUUGCGUCAGAUUACUGGGACCAAAAGGAAUGGACCGCUGCUCAGCCGGGUCUACAGCGGAGCUGUCGGGGGCAGAAGAGCUGGAGUUUGUUCCCUACAGGGCAGCCCUGUUUCUGCCAGUCUAUCCAGUCGUGUGUGGCCAUAUGCAGCGGGAUGUGUGCGUAGUUAUGCUGUGGCCACAGAGCAGAAGGAUGAAGCAAGCACUGUGGUGCAAUCCAAACAGGCACAGCAGUUUGACUGGGCCCUAACCAAACUGGACAGCUCUGUAAGAAGGACUGGUCGCAUUACAAAGACCUUGCUGCUCCGCAUCUUCCAUGAUAUCUGCAGAACAGGUUAUCCCAGCGGUAAUCAGGCCUUGUUGCUGCUGCGUAGUUGUGGGUCCCUGCUGCCUGAAAUGCCUCUGGCAGAACGCACUGAGCUGGCACACCGUGUGUGGGAGAAGUUACAGGAACUGGGUGCACAGUAUGAUGUCAGUCACUACAACGCCUUGCUGAAGGUUUACCUGCAGAAUGAGUUCAAGUUCUCCCCCACUGACUUUCUGGCCAAGAUGGAAGCAGCUAAUAUCCAACCCAACAGAGUUACCUACCAGAGACUAAUAGCAGCGUAUUGUCAGAAUGGAGAUAUUGAGGGAGCCAGUACUAUCUUGGGGUUCAUGAAGAGCAAGGAUUUACCCAUCACUGAGGCAGUGUUCAGCUCUCUGGUGACGGGUCAUGCCCGUUCAGGUGACAUUGAAAGCGCUGCAAACAUUCUGUCUGUGAUGCGGGGAGCAGGAAUCGAACCGAGUCCCGACACUUAUGUGUCACUGCUGAACGCCUAUGCUGAGAAGGGAGAUCUGGACAGCAUGAAAAAGACUCUGGAGGCAGCAGAGAGUGCAGAUUGCAGUCUGAUGGACAGGGACAUCAUGCAGGUCAUCGCUACUCUGGCUAAGGCCGGACAGCAGCAGCUCAUACCAAACAUGGUUGAACACUUGAGGCAUGAGAGGGGUUAUGUACCAGAUGCCAUGAACUUGUGUUUGAGCCUCAUCACCCUGGGUCAGGAGGACACAGCUUUUACCAUCCUAAAGACUUUCCCUUCCCUGCAGUCUGAAAAUAAUGACUCCGUCAACUUGGGCAACUUCUUUUUCAGACACUGCAUCAACAUGGACACGUCACUGGAGAAGAUCAGCCGCUACUGUAAAGAGGUUCAGGACACGAAUCUGCACACCACACCAUUCACCUUCACACUGUCCUGUGCCCUGGAGGCCAAGAAGAUUGGUACAUCUUUGGAGCUGAUGAAGUUAAUUAAGGAGCAGGAUUUACCCAUAAGGCCUCACUACUUCUGGCCUCUUCUCACACAGUCUGUGAAGGACAACAACCCAGCCGGUGUGGUGGAGGUGAUGAAGGGUAUGCAGGAGCUCGGCGUGUCCCCUGACAUUGAGACUUUAUCCAGCUACGUCCUCCCAGUCUUCCCCACCAUUGAAGCAGCUCGACAGACCCUUAAGGAUGUAGGAGUCUCUGUGGAUUCUGAGGCUUUCUUGUGCUCUGAAGUUCGCUCCAUGGCUGUGAGAAAUCUUUCCGAAGUCUACACCCUACUGUCGGACCCCUCAUUUCCCUCUCUGGACCUCAGUUCUUUCCGCAGCAGCCUCAUCACAGGCUUCAAAAAGUCUGCAGACGUACAGAGCAUGGUGAAGAUUACUGAGCUCUUGUACAAAGAUGAGCGCUUCUCCAAAGGAAAUUCUAAGCCUGCUGAAGCUGCAGCCUACUUCCUGUACAAUCUGAUCGACAGCAUGUCAGAGGGUCAGGUGCAGGCACAGGAAGACAAACUUCGCAGUUUCUUCAAUCAGCUGCAAGCUCAGAAUGUUACAAUUUCUCUAACAAUCUUCAGAGGAAUCAAAAAUCUUCUGGAGUCUUAUCGCUCCCCCGAGCUCAUCAAGGAUGUGAUUGCUUUGGUGGAUGCUGAGGAAAGAGUGUCACGUGGCAUUGUGACAGCGACCUCACAUAUGACUGGAAUUGAAGGGAGGUUGCCGGCUCUUGAGAAUAGAUUGGCUGAAUUGAAAGCGGAGAACAAACCGUUGGGUCCUGUUCUCAAACAAGUCAUCCAGGCCCUGAGUGCUGAGGAGAACCUGCAGCGCGCCCUAGAGCUGAAGCAGCAGCACGAAGAGGAGAUGACAGCCGGCAUCUACGCGAUCCUCAUCAGCCUGUGCUGUCGCCAUAACAAUGUGGAGGAGGCGCUCAACCUGAAGAGGGAGAUGAGUCGUAAGGACUCAUCAGUGGCACUGAAUGCCAAUAAAUACAUCGCGCUGGUGAAGACCCUGUCCACAAAUGACAGAGUGGAGGAGGCAGUGGACAUCCUGAAAGAGAUGAAGGAGAAGGAGGUGGUUCUAAACGACACACACAACACCGCCAUCUUUCACAUGCUCAAUGGUGUAGCGGCCAAGGCCGGUGUCUCUGCCGUCCGGCGGCUGCAGGACACCAUCUUCACCCUAGGACUGACCAAGCUCACCGCCAAUCUCUGCUCGCCCUGGGUUACUGCUUACCUGGACAGUAACGAUGUUUCUGGAGCUCUCGAAGCGGCGCUGGAGUGUAAGAAGCUCUACAACCAACUCCCGCGCAUCCAUGACAUCAUUGUUGCUCUGGUGGAGAAAGGAGACACAGAUCUGCUGCAGAAAGCUAUGGACUUUGUUAGUCAGGAGCAGGGGGAGAUGAUUAUGCUGUAUGAUCUGUUCUUCGCGUUCCUGCACACGGGCCGUUACAGGGAAGCUAAAAAGAUCAUCGAGACCCCUGGACUGAGAGCAAAGGCUGGACGUCUGCAGUGGUAUGCAGACAAAUGCAUUUAUAAUCACCAGAUGGAGCCCUUGGAGCAGAUGGUGGAGAUGACAGCCAAGCUGUUUGAGUGUGACAGAGAUGAGAUGUACAGUUACAUCCUCAGGCUCUGCAAGGAGACAAAUGACUGGCAGAAAGCAGAGGCCACGUGGACAAAGAUGCAGGAGGAGAACAUCAUUCCCAGGGAGAGGACCCUGCGUUUGCUUGCAGAUAUCCUGAAAAAUAAUGGUCAAGAGGUUCCCUUUGAGAUGCCUGAGACGUGGUACGAACAAGCUGCCACCAUACAGGUCGAUCCACCGCCACCAGCCCCGACAGAAGAAAUCGGUGCUAAUUACCAGGGCCGUCUGCUGUCUCUUUGUAAGAAGGGCAGGGCUAAAGAGGCAUUUGAGAUGCUGAAAGAGGCUGAGAAAAAGGGCGUGGCAUUAACCCCCUCCCUUAAUGACCAGCUGAUCCGUGCCCUGUUGGCUGAGGGAGCCAUUGAGGAUGCAUUGGUUGUCAAGGGAAUUGCUGAAUCUCACUUCCCUGGAUUCAAGCUGAGUGAUAUUGCCAACAAUUUGCUCAUCAUCUCAUACAGCAAGAGAGGUCAGGUCACAGAUGCUGUCGAGAAACUGAAGUCCAUGCUUCAGGCAGAUCACGUGCCCUCAAACCUUGCCAUCACCAGACUGAUUCAGGGCUUGGGUAACAUUGGUGACGUGGCAGGCAUCCAAGAAGUGGAGUCAAUCAUUAAGGGCCUCGGCACGAACCUCAACCUGUCCAGCAUGGUGUUUGUUAACAACACCGCAUUGGCACACAUCAAUAAUGGUGAUAUAGAGUCAGCUGUAGAGCUUUUGGAAGGACUAUACACCAGUCCAGACUGCACCAACCCUAGUAUUUCCUUCAUCUUUAGAAAAGUCCUGCAAUCUGACAACGACAAAGCCUUAGACAAGUUGAGUGUUAUGGCAGAGAGACUAGCCAACCACUUUGCCUGCUACAGACCAGCUACAGAUCUCUUCCUCCAGCUGCUCGAUAUGGGCAAAUUGGAGGACGCCAAAUUCAUGCUGGCUCGCUGUAACGCUGUGGCUGAACAGAAAGAGGCAUUGCUGUCCUUUGUGUCUCAAAAAGCUCAGAGUCCUGGUCAGAUUGGGAAGAUCAAGGAACUGCUGAGCCUGGUUCCAGACUUUGCCGAUAAGGAGGUGUUGUAUACGUACCUGAUGAAGUGUCAUGUUCUGGAUAAGGACUUGACUUCAGCCAAGGCUUUGCAUGAGCAGAUGCAGAAAGAGGGGCUCGCUGUCAAUGAGCUGUCACUUAAACGCCUGGCUGGGCUUUACCGUGAAGCAGGAGAGGCUGUGCCCUUCCCCGAACCUCCUGAGUCCUUUAAGUUUUAUGCCGACAAGCUGAAAGAGAAAGCUGCCAUAGCCCCGGUGACAGCAGAGGAAUAAAGACUCAUCGCUCUCUACUCUUGCAUCCAUGCAAGCUCCACCGUUUUUUUCUGUUUCUUUUUUUUUUAUACAAGUUGUUGAAGCUGAAAUGUUAAAUAUUGUGUUGUAACUGUUGGAUGUUUAGACUCUGUCCGCUGCAAUAUCAGUUAUGUCCCUGAAGAUGUUGAGAAUGUGCAGAAGUAUUUAUGCUAAUAAAUGAUUAUGAGUACAUCA